AUGUCUGAUAUGAAUAUUGCACUCACCGAUUCUGUUCGUAAAAUCGAACUUGACAUUACCGAGAUCAAUCAAAUUCUAGCUGCGCUGUCUGAUCAGUUCAAAAAUCAAUUUGCACGAAACAUCACGGAUGAAGAUGUAAAUACGAUACAAAAAAGUAUCGUCGAACAAAGUGCUCGUGAUCGAAUCACCGAGUCGGUAAAAAGAUCCCAAGUGAUUGAAUAUCCUGAUCAGCUUGGUAAACGAACGAUUGACCCAAAUUCUGAAGAGUUUAAAGGAAAGAAGAUCUCUGAUAGACUAAAUGAACUGCUGCAACGUUUACACACAAAAGACUGGCAGUUAUUUUGCAAGGAUAUUCCCGAUGAGCAACAAAAGCCACCUCCAUUGAAGUCACUGGCACAAUCGUUGAAGCAUGAUUUGAUUGACCUGGACCAACCUGACGUGUUAAAAAACUCGAAGGAUAAGCCGGCAAAUGAUAGGGAUUUUUACAUGUUGCGCCAGGAAAAGCUUGCGAAUGACAAGGGAUUCAAAAUAUACCAGUAUUCCGAUUGUUCAAACUCUAUCAAUAACGCUUUUGAGAAUAUGGGUCGCGAUGAGUCCCCCAUCAUAGCUGACGUACUCCUUCAAAUAACGAUGGUAAGGGUAUAUAGCACCUUCAAAAUAACGGAAAGUGUGAACAAAAAUGCUGGAAUUGGACUGUUAAGAGAGUCAAAGAAUAUCAUAACUGCCACUUUUACAAGCCAGGAAAAUGGAAGCUGUGAAUGA